AUGCACACAUAUACUCACGCAUGUGGAGGAGAGGGUGCUAGGCAGACACCAGCUGCAGCGCUGGAAAUCGCUGAGCGGCUCCACGUAGCACUCGCGGAAUCGGCGCGGCGCCUCUACGCGGAGCAGCGCGUCAGUUGCUCACUCGCUCUACUCCCCACCGUGGCGCUGGAGGGAAUGCCGUCUGGCUGGGGGAUGAUGCAAGUCGUCCCGCAGCAGCAGAACUCCUUUGAACUAGUUGUAGGGCUCGGUGCAGAGGUGGUAGGCGAGGCGCUCACAUGUCUGCUCUGUGAAAAGCACCAACUAAAGCAGCAGCAACAACAGCACGAAGAACGACAGCAGUCGCUCACGCAUGUUGUUGGAGCCGCGCCGCCUCUUCUUGGUCCUCUCGUGGAGGACCUCACACCGGAGACGGUGGCGCUGGCGCUACUGCUGCUUCCCGCCCACGACGGUCUCUGGAACAGGAGGCGUCGAUACCUGAGUGCUCUGAUGAACGACAAUGACACAGAGGAGAGUUGCCGUCAGUUUGCGCUGCUGCGUGAGUUGUUGUUGACAUCUCUCCUGCUGAGUUGUCACCACAAAAAACAGGAAGUUUGGGUGCAACGCGAGUGGGUGGUGCGGCAGCUGCUUGCGAGAGGCAUCUUCGUUGGUCUGGAAGCUUUCCAUUGGCAUGAUCGAGUGAUGCUGCUGGAGGCCGCUGACAAGCACCCAAUGAACUAUAAUGCUUGGAACUACCGCCGGCGUGUCAUCGCCCUCCUGGCACCGAAAAAAGAGGAGGAAGAAGGAGGACAGGAGGAUUCUGCCAAAAGAGGAAUAUUUCGGCUGCUCUUGCUCCAGGAAUCAGAUACUGUGUUGCGUUUUUUUGAGGCGCAUAACGGUGACACCUCUGCUGCUUCCUACCUGAUCUUUCUCCUGCAGCAAGUGACGGCGGCUGACAGCGGCGGGUCGGCGCCUCAAGAAAUGUGGCAGCGGCUUCUGGCGGCCACUGCGUGUGAGUUGCGGCGGCACUGCGACAAGGGCCAUGAGGCGGUGUGGGUUCUGCGCCUCGCCUUGAUGCACUGGGGCCUCCGUGAACGUCCUCCGUGUGGCUGGAGGCUGCGCGACGAGCUCGGGUUCGCAGCACAUUACGCGACGGCAUCAUGGGCAGAGCUGGAGGAGGAGGAGGUGGUGGUCACGUGGGAAGGCGUGGCGGGUUCUCACCGCUGGGCGUCGUACCACGCAGCGCGCUACGGCCUCCAACUGCUGCAGUUGCUGGAGACCGCGUAA